AUGUUUCUCUUCGAUAUUAUCCAGCGAACCUACACAGCUAUAUUUCCCCCAACUGCAUCUAAGAAUGAUGAUGCUAUCCGGAUUGGCUUGCUAGGUGCUUCCAAAAUCGCACCAGUCGUGGUGGUGAAUCCGGCUAAGUCGCAUCCGGAUGUCAUCGUGGCCGCCGUGGCUGCUCGAGAUAGCGAGCGCGCGAAACAAUAUGCCAAGACGCACGGCAUUCCUAUCGUGCACUCUUCUUACCAAGCUCUUGUAAACGACCCGUCAAUUGACGCGAUCUACGUGGCUCUGCCAAAUGGCCUGCACUAUGAAUGGGCCCUUCGCUCGAUCCGUGCAGGAAAGCACGUUCUUAUAGAAAAGCCUUCGUGCUCAAAUGCUAUUGAGGCCAGAAAGCUGUUCAACCACCCAUUAGUGACUGCUCAGAAUGCGCCUGUUCUCUUGGAAGCUUUUCACUAUCAAUUUCACCCAGCCUGGCAGACAUUUCUCUCUGAAGUCCGCAGGUUCCCUGGGGCUAUCAAAGAUGUCUAUGCCGGGUUCUUUCUUCCGGCGGGUAUAGUGGGUGUCGAUGAUAUUCGAUUCCAGUAUUCUCUCGCUGGGGGAUGUAUGAUGGAUGUUGGGACCUACCCUCUUUCCUGCGUUCGCCAGAUUAUCGGACGUGAGGCAAUCCUUGAGCCUAUUGACGUAAAAUAUCGUGGAAUAGCUCAUGGGUCAGACGGGAAAUCUGAGAGUCUGCAAAUUGAUGAAGCAAUCGAAGCAAAAUACCGCACGGCAGACUCGAUCAAUGUCCACAUAAGUGGAGACGAAAUGACCAAAGGUGGCCGGCCCUCUUUCCUGCCAGCAUCCUGGACGCGGAACAUGCCGUCUUUGCGGUGGCCAAAGAGCUCUGUCACUUUCGAGCCUGUUCUCGUCGACACGUUGGUUCGCGAGAACAAGAGUCCGCUCCAGCACUUUGUGCAGCGGACUGUGACUCUCUGGAACCCUAUAAUUCCAACUUUCUACCAUCGUAUCGAUAUCUGUGAUCAGCACACUCUGCGUCAGGAGAAUGACAUUGCUAAGACUUGGAGCGAAACGAAUUAUAAGACGGCGUAUAAUUGGCCCGAGGGUGACAAACGCGCUUCAAUAUAUCAAGACUGGUGGACCACAUAUCGCUGUCAAUUGGAAGAGUUUGUGAAUCGGGUGAAGGGUCGUGAGGGCUCCGGCGUGUGGGUGGAUGGGGCGGAGAGUAUUGCGCAGAUGGAGGCUAUCGAUCGAACCUACAAGAAGGCUGGGCUAAAAUUAAGGCCGACUAGUACUUUUGAGCUGUAG